AAUAAUAUGCAUUUCUAGCAUUUAUCAAUGGUCCGUUAAAAAAAUCAAAUUUGUAAUAUAUUUUUUGAAAGCCUGGCACAAAAAGAAUUGUCGUCUACAACCAUAAAAUGUUUAUUGAAAAGGCAGCGCCGUCAAGUCUUUCGGCUUCCGCGCCCAGAGUGGAGCAAUCAUGGGUCGUGUGCGAACCAAGACUGUGAAGAAGGUGGCGAAAGUCAUCAUUGAGAAGUACUAUACAAAGCUAGGGCUAGACUUCCACACCAACAAGAGAAUAUGUGAGGAAAUUGCCAUCAUUCCCAGCAAGCCGCUGCGCAACAAGAUUGCUGGGUUCGUCACCCACCUCAUGAAGCGGAUCCAGCGGGCGCCCGUGCGCGGCAUCUCCAUCAAACUGCAGGAGGAGGAGCGCGAGCGCAGGGACAACUUCGUGCCCGAGGUGUCGGCACUCGAGAAGGACAUCAUCGACGUGGACCCCGAGACCAAGGAGAUGCUCAGCAUGAUGGACUUUGCCAAGAUUCCCGGUGUUCAGGUGACGCAGCCGACCACCUCUGGCUACGGGCCCGGCCCGCGCCGCUAGACCCAGCUGUUCACUCUCAUCGCUAAAUACAGAGA